AUCAUCAAGCCCGAAUUAUUGUCCUCAUUUCGUUUUCUCGUUUGUAUUGUUCUACCUAUACCAGUAGUUCCUCAUCCUUAUCUGCUGCUUCAUCUUCUCUUCAAAGGCACAAAGUGGGAGCUUGCAAUGGAAUCGACCAACAGGUACAUAACGAUAAAGACUCAUAUUAAUCACGGUGAGCCAAAAGAGUCCCACUUUGAGCUCAAGACUGCAGCUUUUGGUUUGUCAGUGGAGCUUGGUUCAAAUGAUGUCAUUGUGAAGAAUCUAUAUGUAUCGAUUGAUCCAUACCAGAUUAACCGCAUGAAGAGUUACAGCCCCUCUCAGAAAGCCAUAAACUUUGCAGUGGGCAUAGCCCUUGGAGAGGUUAUUGAUGCAUAUGGUGUGGGACGAGUUGUGGCUUCUGGAAAUCCCAAGUUUGAGAAGGAUGACUUGGUUGCUGGCUUGAUCACUUGGGGAGAGUAUAGCAAGAUAAAAGAUGGAAACAUGUUAAACAAAUUGGAUCCCAUGGGCUUCCCACUAACUUACCAUGUUGGAAUUCUAGGGUUUAGUGGAUUGACAGCCUAUGGUGGAUUUUUUAAGGUAUGCAAGCCCACGAAGGGGGAGAAAGUCUUUGUAUCUGCAGCUGCUGGAUCAGUUGGAAAUUUGGUUGGACAGUAUGCCAAACUGUUUGGUUGCUAUGUUGUUGGCUGUGCAGGGAGCAAGAAAAAGGUAGAAUUACUCAAAGAACAGCUUGGAUUUGAUGAGGCAUUCAACUACAAGGAAGAAAAGGAUUUGAAGUCAACUUUAAAAAGGUUAUUCCCAGAUGGAAUUGACAUAUACUUCGACAAUGUAGGGGGGGAGAUGCUGAAAGUUGCAGUUUCUAACAUGAAUACUUUUGGUAGAGUUGCAGUUUGUGGGAUAAUCUCAGAAUACACAGAUGAAAAGCGAGCUGCUCCAGAUAUGAUAGAUGUUGUGUACAAGAGGAUUACUAUCCGAGGAUUUUUAGCAACUGAUUAUAUGAAUGCUCAUGCAGAUUUCAUGUCUACAACCUGUGAUUAUCUUCGUACGGCUAAAAUCAAGGUCCUUGAAGACAUCACACCCGGUGUAGAGAGCAUCCCCUCUGCUUUUAUUGGACUCUUUCAUGGUGACAACGUUGGAAAGAAAAUUGUCAAGAUUGCAAAUGAGUGAAUGGGAAGAAUAAACAAAACAAAA